AUGACGGACGACCUCAAAGAUAUCGUCUCUACCAUUGCCAACAGCCACAUUGAUCCGGCGUCGGCUUCAACCCAACAUCUGCUACAGGCCAUUGCGGCCGCGGCCAUGGACGUUCUCGACACCCAACCCACCGAUACCGGUAGCGCUAGCCGGUCCAGCCAGGCCAUUUUUCCUUCUAUUUCUCCUUCUCUUUUUAAGCCAGUCACAGCCGCUGUCGAGGCCGACACUACCACCAAACUAGAUACCAUCGACACCGACACCGACACGGCCAGCGUCACUGACCCAAAGAUGGAUGCCAAUCCCUUGACCACUUCCGCGCCCAGCGGUACUUCUUCCUCUCAAUACAACACACGCAGUCACGCCUCCCCGCUUAACGCCAGCGGCAAACCUGUCUGCCGCUUCAUCCCCAGAUCCACCAGAACGGGCAGGCUUAGGCGAGAGAAUCAAGCACGCGUCGUCGCCCAGCAUCGUAGCUUGCACGAGGAUACUCUCCACGAAGAGGAGACUGUCAACUGGCACUACUCGAGCCAACCCCUGGGACGUCAGCGUCAGCGCCAGCCCAUCCCCUCCCGCCAGCGCCAACGGGGCAAUAGCAGUGCCGAAAAACGCGAGAGUCACGGGCAGGGGCAGUUCCCCUUCGAUGAUGAGAACGACGUGAACUGGCGCCACCUCUCCCAACCCCGCCAGCGACAACUCGCUUCACGCGUCGGCUUGCCCUUCGUUACACCUACCAAUGAUGCAUUUAAUACACCCGGUAAUGCCUUCGAUACAUCUAGCAAGGCCUUUGCUACACCUGGUAAUGCAUUCGCUACACCCAGCAAUGCCUUCACUACACCAAGCAACGCCUCAGAUCAGGAACCCAAACCCCUGUAUGGCUCUGAACUUCGCAUCCAUUUCGCUUCACUGGAGAAGACGGCAGUCGAGGCGAGCAUUAAGGAGCGCAUCAACAAUGUGGAGAUGGAACUGAAGAGAUUGAGAGAGGAGAGGGAGAAUGUGUUGAGGGAGAUGGAUGAGAUGGAGUUGAGAGAUGUGGUCGAGAUGUGGGAGGAGGGGAUUAUGGCGAUUGAUGAGAUCAUUCAUGAUUUGAUGAGAGGAAAUGGGUAGUUACUUCCCAUGGAAAGGCAAGAGAGACCGCGAGAUGGUGGGGAGGUCGAGGAGGAAGCGGGCAAGAACCAGAGAGGGGUUAUUUAUGAUCGAGUGUCGGAUCCAGGAAGGAGCAAUUGGGUCAAGAAUGACUGUUAA